CCUUCAUCCAGUAUCUCUUCAUGUCUACAUUGUACACACUCCAUGCAAUCUUACCUAGUCUUCAGGCUCUCCUCGACGCGCCUUCAGGUUCUUUCCCUUCUUCAUCCUAUCAACCAAUCAGAGCACUCUCUUGUUACCAUCGGCGCUUACAUAACAACUGGCCAGCCGACGUCACAGAAAAAGGCAGAAAAAGGCAUACACUUGGAAGCGCGAGAGGUGCCUGAUCUCUGAGCAGUCAGGAUGGCCUGCAAUAGUGGUUAAAGACGUGGACAGAGUUUCCGAGGAUCGCAAAUAGCGUAAUGUUGGACUUCCACAGAAACAGGAAAUAAUCUGAUCUGGUCUUGCAUGGGCUUUUAUCACCGACGGAAAUUCUCUGCCCGUUUAACGCAUAUUUCUUGUCCAAAAUGAACCGGGAAAUUCCUGGUUUCUACUAUGAUCCCGAGAAGAAAAAGUACUUCAAGAUCCAAGCCAAUCAUGCAGCACCUCCGGGCUCACAGUACUCGAAGGAUGCCGUCAAGCGGAAAUGUGUAGAACAAGAGAAGCAACAAAGAAAAGUCCGCCUCAGCCAUCGAGCUGCGAAAGAGAAGAUUAGAAAAGCAGACUUCCUCGUCCAUCCGCUUAUUGGGCUUGAGAAGCAGAUUGGUGCGCACAGCGCUUCGAAAGGCCUGAGGCUUGAAUGGCAGGGCCAGGCAUAUGUGAGCCAGCUCCAACGGAGAUGUUUACACAGAUUUGAGCCGUGGCCGAGUCGGUUUUCCGUCGGCCACAUCGUGCGAAGUAAGGUCUCUGGGGUUUUGGUUGCGGGUGGAAAUUAUGGUGCAAACUCAUCUGUUUCAUUCUGUGUCCCGGAAUAUAGUCAAGGAAAGCAGACAUACCCCAGGCGAAUGGAACACGCUAUUUUCAAGGAGCCAUAUAGGCUAUCUUCUAUGUCCCUGAGCCACACGGGUUAUUUACUCGCGACAAUGGAUUCUGGACCAAAUGGCGACUCAUUCCUUGGGUUGCUAAUGUUACCUGAUCCCAACACCGAUGGAAUUCUCUACUCGUCUUCUACCUUCACCGAUGCUGUACGGAUCCGUAUUCCUGAAUCGUUAUGGUGUUCCGCUCCAUGUCCAACGGGACAAAAUACACUCUUCGCAAUCGGGACUUCAGACGGCCUGUACACAGUGGAGGGUGUUGGGUAUCGCUGGACGCUGUCGAAGAAGCCGUUUCCGAACGAUGUACUCACGGGGCGACCCGUUUCAAAUCGUCAUAUUGGCUCAUCCCAUGCAGUUGUCACCAGUGUUGAAUGGCUAUCAUCAGACGUAAUCGCUUGUGGCCUCAAGGAUUCGGCUGUUUUCCUCCAUGAUCUUCGAAGUGGAGGUACUGCGACUCGAUUGCAGCACCCUCAUUCUGUGUCGAAGAUCCGAAGAGUCGAUUCUUAUCGACUGGUAGUAGCGGGACAGAAGUCGCUCAAUAUGUACGACAUCCGCUAUCCGCCCAAUGGACUCCAGCGGAACCCCAAACCUACUCGAUCCGGUCACACAUCGACAAGACCCUAUGUCACCUUUCCAGAAUACUCUCCGGAAGUUCUAACCUCUGAUUUCGACCUGAGUACUGAACUAAAUAUCCUGGCGAGCGCCUCGGACUCACGAAAAAUUCAACUAUUCUCUCUUCGGACCGGCCAGCAACUCCCUUCUUGUUCUUAUUCCUCUUCCUCUCUUCUCCCCGUAACGGAAUACAAAUACCCAAGUCCAAUCUCAUGCGUCCGAUUUGAGGACUACACCGACGUCGACUUGGCACCUCUUACAUUCAGUUCGCAUUCUUCUGGACUUACUCCUGCCUCUCUAAGACCAAAGUUACUGGUUUCUUCAGGGGAUGUAGUUGAUGAGUGGAGCUGGUAGAUGCUCAGAGCUCCAUCUGUACUUGCUAAGUUUUACUCUUCUAGGAUAGAAAUGAAGACAGACCACUGGAUAUAUAACUCUUUGUGAAUAAUCAGGCACCCUCGAUCCCCCAUGCCUAUAUGUCCUUGUGGUUUAUCUAUUUAAUGACAUUGAAGCUCUGGUGUUUUCUCUUGGUCUUCAUCUCAUCACUAUUAUUUUCCAGUUCUGGAAGACCUUGAGAUCAACAUCAAGUUAAUUAACAGAUUUUCUUCCAAAAAAUUUUUAUUGAGAUCCGCUGAUCUUAAAAUAAUAUCCAUUCCAUUGACGCCCCUUGUUCUCCUAUGUGAUUCUUGCACUAGUCUCAUAAAUCAAAUCAUGUCCGCUGCAAGGAGGGAGGGCAAAGUGAUGGGAUGGAACAGAAUUGAUUAUGCAGAUUCAGGCUUUGGAUCUGAAUAUGUUUUGUGAUGUGUUCUUCAAGGAAGCCCUGUUACGCAUGCUACAUAUGUCACUAUAUAGACUUUUUAUUCUAUCAUCACUGUCAAGCUGCAGG